AAAAAAACGUCAAAACAUGCCAAUGCCAAUAUUCAAUUUUUUUAAUACUUGUUGAUCCCAGAGUAACCUUUGAACCUUAAAAUUUUAUCAAAUAUAGUCGUUUUACGUAAAAAAAACACCAUUUAGUAUUUUAGACUUAUUCAGAAUGGCCGCACUACAACGUUUAAGUGGAAGAAUUGCAGUUGUGACUGCUUCCACUGAGGGAAUUGGCUUUGCGAUUGCUCAAAGACUAGCUCAAGAAGGAGCUAAAGUUAUUAUAAGUAGUAGGAAGGAAAAAAAUGUAGAGAAAGCCACGGCAGCACUUAAGAAUGAAGGACUUGAUGUCACUGGUCUAGUUUGCCAUGUAUCAAAACCUAGCGACAGGGAAAAAUUGUUUGAGGAAGCAAAAAAAGUUGGAGGUCUUGAUAUUUUGGUGUCCAAUGCUGCAGUUAGUCCCACUGUAGGAGGAGUUCUGGACUGUGCAGAAGAGCACUGGGACAAACUGUUUGAUGUGAAUGUUAAGUCUUCUUUUCUUUUGGCUCAAGAAGCUCUGCCACUCUUGAGAAACAGUAAGACAGGAAGAAUAAUUUUUGUAUCUUCAAUUGCUGGUCUUCAACCUUCUGAGUUUUUGGGUGCAUAUUCUGUAACUAAAACAGCCUUACUAGGUCUUACCAAGGCCGCAUCUGUACAAUUGGCCAGGGAGAACAUUACUGUCAAUUCAGUGUGUCCUGGUUUGAUAGAGACAAAGUUUUCUGAUGCCAUAACCAAAGAUGAAGAGGCAGCUAAGAUGGCUGUGCCAGGAAUACCAAUGAGAAGAUUUGGUCAACCAAAGGAAAUCUCUGGUAUAGUGGCUUAUUUAGCAUCUGAUGAUGCAUCCUAUGUGACUGGGGAAAACUUUGUGAUAGCAGGAGGAAUGUCAUCACGAUUAUAAGUUCUAAAAGUACAAAUUCGACACUUUAUUGUUUAAGUUCUGGGAAUAAUACAUCAUGGGGGAACUGGGAUAAAUAAGAUUUGUUAUAUAGAAUAUACAUAUUUUUAUUAAAUUUUUUUCUUUA